AUGCGAGCUAGCCGCGCGGGGGGUACGCGAGCGGGCACGCGGGGGGUUUGCGUGCCGGCCGUAGGGGGGACACGUGCCGGCCCCGCGGGGGGACGCGAGCCGGCCGCCGGUGGGUGCAGCGUGUCGGCCCGCAUGGGCUGCGCUAGCGUUCGCGCGGGUGUCACGCGAGCGGGCCGCGAGGGCACGCGUGCCGGCUGCGAAGGUGCGCGAGCUAGCACGCCCGUCGUGCGCGGGGGGCUGCGAGCCGGCCCGCGGGUGGUCUACUUGCCGGCCCCGUGGGGGUCGGCGGGCGUCGCGGAGGUGGAAUGCGAGCCGGCCCGCCGGGGGUCGACGAGGGGGCGCGCGGGGGUUACGCGUGCCGGCCUGUGGGGGGGUCGGCGAGCGAGCGCGCGGGGGGUUUGCGUGCCGGCUGCCGGGUGGGAUGCGAGCCGGCCCGUAGGGGUUCGGCGAGCGGGCGCGCGGCGGGUGCGCGUGCCGGCCUGCGGGGGGUCGGCGAGCGGCGCGCGUGGGGUACGCGUGCCGGCCGCCGGGUGGGAUGCGAGCAAGCCGCGGGGGUUCGGCGAGCGGGCGCGAAGGGGGUCCGCGUGCCAUCCGCCGGGGGGUUGCGAGCCGGCCGUAGGGAGUACGUGUGCUGCACUGCAUGGGGUCCGCGGGCGGCACGCAAGUGGCAUGCGAGCCGGCCGAGGGUGUCGGCGAGCGGGCACGCACGGGUAUACGUGCCGGCCCGCCGGGGGAUGCGAGCCGGCCGCCGGGUGGUCGGCGAGCGAGGCGCGUAGGAGGUGCGCGUGCCGGCCGCCGGGUGGGAUGCGAGCCGGCCCACGGGGGUUCGACGUGCGGGCGCGCGGGGGCUCGCGUGCCGGCCGCGAGGGGUUCGGCGAGCGGGCGCGCGGGGGUGUUGCGAGCCGGCCCGCGGGGGAUCGCGUGCACGCCGCGUGGGGUCCGCGGCGGGCGCGCGAGUGGCAUGCGAGCCGGCCGCCGGGGGGCACGCGUGCCGGCACGCGAAGGUGCGCGAGCGGGCCGCCGGGGGUUCGGCGAGCCGGCUCGGGCGCGAUAUGGCACGCGUGGGGCCUUCGAGCCGGCCCACGAGGGGUUUUGAGCGAGGCGGCGGGGGGCUGCGGCGGGGCGCGCCUUGCACUGCGCACAGGGGCGACAAGAGCACACGCCCCCCUGCGGCAUGAUAUACCGCGAUCCGCGGCCGCCGGCCCUCGGCCCGCGGCCACUAAGGCCCCGAGGCCCCGAGCCCCAAGCCCACAGCCCCCGAGCCCCAAGCCACUAAGGCCCCGAGGCCCCGGGCACGGGCGCGG